AUUAUCUAUGGUCAGUCAAAUUCCAAUGAACUUUAGGAAUCGUAACAAAAUGAAAGAUUUGUUUUUAUACUUGUAAAUUACGCAAACAAAUAGCAGGUUGAAUAAUUGCGAUUGUGUAAUAAUUAUUAAAGAGCAAAAUGGGUGACAAGAAAUACAAGCAGAGCAAAGCCGAAAUAGCGAAGCAAUUUAAUCUACCGGAACGGCAGUCUAAAAUCACUACGUUGUUAAAUCAGGCGGGCCAAGCGUAUUGCAUAUGCCGAUCGUCCGACAGUUCCCGUUUUAUGAUAGCAUGCGACGCUUGUGAAGAAUGGUACCAUGGAGACUGCAUUAACAUUUCUGAACGAGAAGCAAAGUAUAUUAAGAACUAUUUUUGUGACCGAUGUCGGGAAGAAGAUCCCACACUUAAAACUAGGUUUAGACCACAGAAGAGAGAGAAUGACAGUGAUAUUGCUCCCCGAGAUGACAGAAAAAAGAAGCGUAAAGAGAAAGACCACUCGGAGAACAAAUCCUCAAAGAGACCAAGCACUAAAGAUGGCUGUGGAGACUGUCCAGGAUGUCUGCAGAUGAAUGACUGUGGCCAUUGUGAAGCCUGUGAGGAUAUGUACAAGUAUGGUAGCAGCAAUAAAUUGAAGCUCAAAUGUAAAAUGAGGUUGUGUAUCAAGAAUAAGAAGACUUCCAGACAAUCAAGCAGUAGCAACAGAAUAAAGAAGAAACACCACGAGCGGGAACAGCACGAGCCGGAAGAGUCUCUCGCGCACUUGCAGACGUCAGAGGCGCGGCAGUGCUACGGGCCGCAGUGUACGCGAGCCGCGCAGUUCGGCUCCAAGUACUGCUCUGCGCAGUGCGGCAUGCGACUCGCUACUGCUAGGAUAUACCAGGUCCUCCCCCAACGCAUACAAGAGUGGUCUCUCUCCUCCUGUGUAGCUGAGCAGAAGAACCGCAAAGCGUUAGAGGUAGUGCGCGGUGGACUGGCGCGAGCUCAAGCGGCGCUGCGAGCGUUAGACACACAGCACUCGGAGCUCGACGCUAUAGUGGCGAGGGCGAAGAAUGCUACCAUUGUGCAUACUGAUGAUAAGGACGCCGACGACGAAACCUCAAUGUACUGCAUCACAUGCGGUCACGAGAUUCACUCGCGCACCGCCGUCAAACACAUGGAGAAGUGCUUCGUGAAGUACGAAGCGCAGGCUUCGUUCGGGUCUCGGCAUCGAACCCGCAUCGAUGGGCAGAGCAUGUUCUGUGACUACUACAAUCCUAUUAACGCGACCUAUUGUAAGAGGUUGAGGGUAAUGUGUCCUGAGCACUUCAAAGACCCCAAAGUUGGGGACAACGACGUGUGCGGGUGUCCCCUUGUCCGCAACGUGUUCAAGCCCACGGGGGAGUUCUGCCGAGCUCCCAAGAAGUCCUGUCUCAAGCACUACCAGUGGGAGAAGUUGAGAAGAGCAGAGAUUGACAUGGAGAGAGUCCGCCAGUGGCUGAAGCUGGAUGAACUGGUUGAGCAGGAGAGGAGUAUCAGGCUGGCUAUGGCUUCGAGGGCCGGAGUGCUAGGCCUAAUGCUACACUCAACAUACAACCACGAGGUAAUGGAGCGCAUCACCACCAAGGCGACGGAGAACGGCAAAGUGAAGGAGAGCUCCUGACACGCGAGGGAAGCGGCCUCCGAGCACUCGCGAGACUCGCACACUAGGGAAUAGCUGUACAGUUAUCAUUAAGAUUAUAGGAAUAAUAUACGCAUUUGAUU